CGCUGUUUUUGCAGGGUGCUGAUUCUGUGAGCUGCAGCUGACCACGCCCCCCUGCAGGAGAGGCAUCUGACAUCUGACAUCUCUGAAGGUAUCAUGGCCGCCCUGUUUGCUGAGCUGCCCUCCUAGAUUUCACUGAUAUUUAGAAAACAUUACCCAAACAACCCUGUAAUCCACACACCAACAAUGACAACCUCCCAUCUGAACGGCCAUGUCGCUGGAGAGGGAGAGGGAGGAGGGGGAGGAGAUGAAGAGCUGAGGGGAGGACAGCAUAGGGAGAUGGCUGUGGACUGUCCAGGAGAGCUGGGGAGUCGAACACUACCGGUCAGAAGAUCUGCACAGCUGGAGAGGAUACGACAGCACCAGGAGGAUCUGCGUCGCCGCAGAGAGGAGGAGGGUCGGCAGCUUGACCUGAACUCCUCCAUCAGACUCAGGAAGCUCUCCCAGCAUCCCCACAUCGGCAUCGACAACCCCACAUUCCUGCAGGACUCAAACACACCGCAGCAGCCAUCUCUCAACAUCCAGCACACACACGCACUGCUUGAGUUGGAGGAGCUGCUGCUGUCCCUGAAGCAGAUUCGAGGAUGCUUGUCCGACCAGCAGAGUCAGAGCGACAUCGAGCAUGUUCUUGCACUACUAAACAAGUCUGACUUCCAAUCAGCGCUGAAGAUCCAUAAUGCCGUGGCAACCAGCAUGCAUCGACCCUCUCCUCCGUACCCACACACACACCAGGCUCUGCAGCUGGCCAUAGAGACCAGGAGUCUCAUCCAGACGAGUCAGAACAAAGAUGGACUGGAACUACACAGCCUGCUGUCAGACACACACAUCCAGUCCUUGCUCCUGGCCCAUGACAGGAUAGCAGAGCAGGAGAUGCAACUUGAGCCGCUGCCCACCCAGGGAGAGACCCUAACCCAGUUGGGGGGGGAGACUGUGAAGAUUGUGCGCAUAGAGAAAGCUCAGGACAUCCCACUGGGGGCGACGGUGCGGAACGAGAUGGAGAGUGUGGUGAUCAGUCGGAUUGUUCGAGGUGGAGCCGCUGAACGAAGCGGACUUCUGUCAGAAGGAGAUGAAAUCCUGGAGAUUAACGGCAUCGAGAUCAGAGGGAAGGAUGUCAACCAAGUCUUUGAUAUUCUUGCGGACAUGCACGGCCUCCUGACCUUUGUGCUCAUUCCCAGCAAUCAGGGAAAACCCCCCCCUGUCAAAGAGUCCGUGGUCCAUGUGAAGGCCCAUUUUGACUACGACCCCUCAGACGACCCCUAUGUGCCGUGCAGAGAGCUGGGCCUGUCCUUCCAGAAGGGGGACAUUCUCCACAUCAUCAGCCAGUCUGACCCCAACUGGUGGCAGGCCUACAGGGACGGAGACGAGGACAACCAGCCGCUAGCCGGACUCGUACCAGGGAAGAGUUUCCAGCAGCAAAGAGAAGCCAUGAAACAGACCAUAGAAGAAGAAAAGGAGCCGGAGAAGUCUGGGAAGCUGUGGUGUGCGAAGAAGAACAAGAGGAAGAGAAAGAAGCUGCUUUACAACACCCAAAAGAAUGAUGAUGUUGACAACGAGGAGAUCCUGACCUAUGAGGAGAUGGCUCUGUACCACCAGCCGGCCAAUAGGAAGCGGCCAAUCGCACUGAUUGGUCCAGGCAGUUGCGGGCAGGCGGAGCUCAGACAAAAACUGCUCAACAGCCAACCGGAGCGCUUCGCUGGAGCCGUGCCCCACACCACUCGGAGCCGGCGGGAUGGCGAGCUGGGCGGUCGAGAUUAUCACUUUGUGUCUCGUCAGACGUUUGAGGCAGAACUGUCAGCAGGAAAGCUGAUUGAGUCUGGAGACUUUGAGAAGAACAUGUACGGGACGAGUUCUGACUCAGUGAGGCAGGUCAUCAACACUGGGAAGAUCUGUGUGCUCUGUCUGCACACACAGGCUCUAAAGGUGCUGAGGAGUUCAGACUUAAAGCCUUACAUCAUCUUCAUAGCCCCGCCCUCCCAGGAAAGACUCCGCGCCCUAUUGGCUAAAGACAACAAAAACCCAAAGCCCGAGGAGCUGCGGGACAUCAUUGAGAAGGCGCGAGAGAUGGAGCAGAGCUGCGGACAUCUGUUUGACGCCGUCAUCGUCAACACGGACCAGGACAAAGCCUUCAACGAGCUGCUGAGACUCAUCAACAAACUGGACACUGAGCCACAGUGGGUGCCCUGCUCCUGGCUGCGCUGAGAACACACACGUCAUAAAGUGACAAUGGAGUACACUUUGAUACAUUCAACCAACUGGAACCUUAAGCGCUGUGUGGGAGUUACACAGAGUGUCUGUUAAGGGAAACUAAUCUGAGAUUUUGAGAGUUUCAAUGUUAUGAGAAAACAUAUCAGUGGUGGAGAGUCCUAAAACCUGGAAAUUAGUUAUCAUUAUAGAACUUGUUCUUACUCAUCUCAAAGCUUUUUGAACAUGUUUUGGAUAGAUGUCUGAUUUAAGGUCUGUGGUUACCACGAGCUGAAUAUAUUUUUCACGUUUUGUCCUACGACAUAAAAUACCUCAGUAAACACUCAAUUUAAAAACGGCGGUUACUAACAAGUGUUUAAAUGAGACGACUAAACGUCAUCACACCCAACAUUAGCUGCCUUUAGCUUAGCGGUGUUGAUGUGAAGUCAUGUGACCGUGAUGUGGUUUUAUAGCCUUAGCGUUUGAGUUCAGAAGAUUGCAUUUACGAGUAAAACAUUAUAAAAGUGGUGUUAAAAUGUGGAGAUUAUCCAGCUGAACUAAAAGUGUAAGUAUCCUAAACGUGUGAUCUUACUUUCUGCAAGUUUCCGAAAUCAAAUUUUAAAAAAUCCCAUUGCUUUUUGUCACAGUGCGCUUCCUACAAAAAACACUUUAUAGCCUCAGUUCAUCUAAAUCUCCUCAUUACACACAUAAAAGCUAAUAUCUGGAAUAUUUCUUGUAAAUCUACGACUUCAUUAUAUUGCCUUAUUUCUAACAUUUUUUUUUAGAUAAGCUUUUAUAUAACAAUACUUACUUCUCAAAAUGUUCUGUUCAAAUCUGGUUUAUACCAUAUUGCCAAAAACUACAACAAAAAAACGAGAACUACUUUAAGCUUUCUAUCAAUAUAUAUAUAAGGAUUUAAAAUGUUAGGAUUUUACAUUGCAUACAGUACAUAUAUUAUAUUAUUACAUAAUGACUUUUAAAAAAACCUAAAUCUCAGAUUAGAGUUUGUCUUCGCAUUGACUCUAAUGACGCUAAAUAGCACACAGUCAGCAUCCUGUAGAAUGUAUUAACCAGGCACUGAUGAUAAUACUUCAUGCUAUAUAAACCUUAUGUGUAUUCACUAUCCUUAAAGGGAGAGACCCUCACUGGGGUCUCGCACACACUCAUCUUCUAAUCAUCACACUGUAGUGAGACCAAAACAUGGACCUGGAGAAUCCUUUCUUCUUGUUUUAUUUUAAGAGAGGAAUGUGGGGCCUCAUCAAAGUUGCAUUCUUUUGUCUUGUGACCAUUUCAACCAUAAUAAUUCAACAUAUUUAAACUAUAACAGUCCACUUAUUUAAACUGUUUGCAGUGCUUAGAAUAUAUGAAAUUAAAAUCAAAUCAAUCUUCUUAUUUUCUUAUUAAGGUCAAAUAAACGAGGCCCCUGGUGAGCAAUAACUGUGACACUAAUUGAAAUCACUGAGCCACGGCAUUCACUGCUAUGAAGAACACACACUCACACACACUCUGUAUGAAGCAGUGUAUGGACUCCUCUGACUGACUGACUGUUGAACAGACAGCUCUUCACGAUUUCCAAUGAACACUGAGAUAAAGGACACAGCACUUGAUAUUUUCUCUUUCACUUGUUUCUGACUGACUGUCCCGUCUUAUCACAUUAAGUAGAGAUGACCUCUGACCCUGAGCUGCUGGGUAAAGAAACCGUGAACGUUUUAGUCUUUAGCUGGCACAUGAUGCUGAAUUUAUGAUAUAUUUUGUGUGUGCGUGUGAACGAAUGUGUGUCUCAAAUAUGAUGACCUGACAAAGUAUCACUGUUAUCACUGGGUAGAGCAUUUAUAUAUUUGUUAUAUUGAAGAUAGGUUUAUGAAGUCCAGAAUGCACCAAUAGGAUCGCAGGUCCCACCUUUCGCCAUUCGUUAAGGAGGAAGAGGGGGCGGGGCUUCACUGUAUUGAAUGUAAAGUGAAUGGACACCACUUCCUGUUAUCAGAAAUCCCUUCUCCUGAGUAAAUCUGUAUGAAUAUUCACAAUGAAUAAAUAAAUAGAUGAUUGAUGAAAAAUUA